UCUAACCGGGUACACGCAUCCAAAAUUUUACAACCCUAAAAUAAAGUUUGUAUUCAAUAUGAAGGCUGCAUUUCAAUGUAAUGCAUGUGAUACAUCACCAGAAACUCUUUUGUUCAUAUUGAGACUAUUAUCUGUUGUGUUACGGGUCAAAUGUAAACAAAGAAGGUUACUUUUAUUUACUCAUUAUUUCAUUACAGUCCAAAAUUGAGUGAAAUUGUUCCUGGAAAACUUGGGAAAUGUCAUUGUGGAAGCCCAAAGUACCGCGUAGACAAACACCUUCGGAUCUCGCUUUUCUUUCUCUCUGUUGGGUACUCCAACAAGUAUAAAAUGAAACAGAGGUGAAAAGCUAUCAUGAUGCAUCAAAUCUUUGCCGAUCAUUAAGUGAAAUCUUUUGAGAACUAACAACUUACUUCAUAUUUCUUCCCAAGAAUUCCAAUAAGGAGCCAUGCAAUAACUAAAUGAUUCAAACGACUGCGCUGCUCUGGUGGCCUUAUUCAUGAGUGGUGAUCUGAACUCCUCAAAAACAGCAGGGGCGUGUUUCUUUAAUAAUCGCUCUACAGGUGGUGUCGAAGCCUACCUGCAUCAGCUUUCACAGUCAAAUUAACGUUAUAUUUCACCGGGGGAUCGCUUUGUUCACUUAGAUCACCAGAGCUCCUCCGAGCGACACAUCGAAGCAGCUAGCAAUGGAGUAUCUUGGAAUUAUCACAGCAAUGUUAGUGAUGCUGAGGAGUUGUUCUGCAGAAUGUGACCAGGGAUGGAAAUCGUUUAACAGCAAGUGCUAUAAAAUGUUUGAGGAAGAAAAGUCAUGGGAUGAGGCGAAGACGUCCUGCGAGGGAACUGGUGCCCACUUGGUAAAUAUUGAAUCUGCUGAUGAAAACAUUUUCCUGUUGAACAGUUUUCUGCAGUUAUUACCGAACGAUAAUAAUCGUGAGGCUUGGACUGGACUCUCAGAUAAGAAAGAGGAAGGAGAUUUUGUGUGGACUGAUGGUGCGACACCAGAAUAUACAAACUGGGCGGCCGAACAACCCAAUGAUGAGGAUGACGAACAAGACUGCGUCGAGAUUGUGAAUGGUGUUUUCUGGCCCGGAGGUUUGCCACAAAUUGGACUUUGGAAUGAUUUCCAGUGUAAAAAGGCGUUGAUGUUUAUAUGUGAAAAGGCGGAGUAACUGAUAAAUGCUUGUGUUCAAGGUACGAUUUUAUUCUUGAAGGACUUUAUCAAUGUAACGCUACAUGAUUCGAACGUAUGCCUACGUCGCGUCUGUGUUUCUCACGUUACACAGACAUCAUUAUUUGUAACCAAAGUUAAAGUGAAUCUGUCCUCGUACACGCUAACCUUGAAACCCAACAGUCUGUAAGCUUUAUUGCUAUCGGCUUGGCUAUUGUCAUCAUCGUUAUUAACUUCAUUAUGGCGAUUUUAAUCGCGAAUUAUAUGUAUUUCAGCCACUUGAUUAAUUCGUUCCCCAAACCUUUGUUACAGGCCAUGGCUGUGCCAGGUCUAAAGAUGUUAUUUACGUCACUUUGAUUGAGAACUGUAAGAGUUUGCUUUCCUAUCAUAAAUUAAAGUAUCGACCAGAA